CUGGGUGCUGUUCUGUCGCUGACCGUGGUUGAACGAGUGUGUGUGUGUGUGUGUGUUGGUCCCUGCUGACUGAGAGACAAGAGCAGACAGGUCCAGUCAUCCAUCAGCACACACACACACACACACACACACACACACUCCAGGGACUGAUGUUGGAACAGUAGCCGUGUGGUGCUGUUGUGCACAGUUGGUACAAGUUACAACAGGCAGUUGUUAAUUAACUCCUGGCCUCUGGCACUUUGUCUCCUGCAGCCGACGGAGCACAGAAUAAUAAAGUCAAUGGUAUUUACAGAAAGAUAAAAAAUGAUUAAAUAAUCUGAUGUUUCAUUGUUGUUUGAUAGAAAAACAUAAAUCAGUCUGUAAAUGUUUCAAUGGUCCAGUCUUUGCUGAUCCAGAGACAAAUUCUAAGACAGAAAUUUAAAUUCUUCAGGAACAAAAAAAAUAUAUAUAUUUUUUUUAGCUUCUCCAGAAUUCACUAAAAUCACCAGAAUGAACCACCGUGUGUCUCUCGUCUCAGGAACAUGAAACUGUGACUCCUUUAAAUCCAGCGUGGACACCUUUGCCCCUGUUUCUCACCCCGUGCUGUAAACGCCCCCAGGGUGAGGGCGAGACACCUGUCACAGAGGCAGCGUCCUCAGCAGCAGCUCCACUUCCAUCCUCUCCUCUCCGCAUCAGCGUAGCAUGGAAAUCAGACUUUUGUGGCUUGGAUUUUGUGCUUUUUCCUGCCUUUGCAGGUGUGCCUCAGCAGCGUCCACCUGCAAACUGAAGGCCAGGUUCACGCUGAACGGCUACAAGGACGUGGAGAAGAAGCAGGUCGUCAUUGGAGGCAUGUUUCCUGUCCACAAACGCAUCGCCUCCACCAACUCCAACAGCUCCAGGGCUCCGGUCUCCUCUGCAUGUGAAGGCUUUAAUUUCCGGACCUUCCGUUGGACUCAGACCAUGUUGUUCGCCAUCAAUGAAAUCAACAACAACAAGGAGCUGCUCCCCGACACCGACCUGGGUUACGUCAUCUACGACUCCUGCUUCACCAUCUCCAAGGCGGUGGAGGGGACCCUCACCUACCUGACGGGCCAGGACGAGGCCGUCCCCAACUACCGCUGUGGCGACGGGCCCCCGCUGGCUGCUCUGGUGGGGCCGGGGGGCACCGACCUCGCCAUCGCCACCGCCAGGAUCCUGGGGCUUUAUCACUUUCCACAGGUCAGCUACAGUUCCACGUGCUCCUUCCUGUCCACUAAGUACCAGUUCCCCACCUUCCUGAGGACCAUUCCCAAUGAUGUGCAUCAAUCUGCGGCCAUGGCCCAGAUGGUGCUCCACUUUGGCUGGACCUGGGUCGGCACCAUCGCUGCAGAUGACGACUACGGCAAAUAUGGUAUCAAAGACUUCAAAGAGCAGGUGGAGGAAGCCGGGGUCUGCAUCUCCUUCUCUGAGACCCUGCCCAAGACGGAGUCGCCUGAGGACAUCCAGCGAAUCGUCGACACUGUCAUUGAAUCCACGGCCAAGAUCAUCGUGGUUUUCUCCUCCGACGUUGACUUCAGUCCACUCUUACUUGAGCUCCUGCGCCACAACGUCACCAACCGCACCUGGAUCGCCAGCGAGGCCUGGAUAACCUCCGCGCUCAUCAACCAGCCCGAGGUGGGGUCACUGUUGGGUGGGACACUUGGCUUCGGUGUGAAGAAGGCGGACAUCCCUGACCUUCAGCGCCAUUUACUGGACCUCGACCCCUAUGAUGAUGACCUUACUGAGGAAUUCUGGGAGACGGCCUUCGACUGCACCCUGGACCCGGUCAGAGCGAUGAGGUCCAAACAGAGGGGCGCCAACGGAACUCGGACGGAGAGAGAAGCUGCAGUGAAGUUCUGUUCAGGAACCGAGUCUCUGUCCAAGCUCAACAACACGUACUCUGACGUGUCGCAGCUACGGAUCACCUACAGUGUAUAUAAAGCUGUGUACGCGGUGGCAAACGCCUUACACAACCUGGAGCACUGCGUGGACGGACAAGGACCGUUCAAAGGGAAGAGCUGCGCUGACAUCAGCAGGUUUGAGCCGUGGCAGCUGAUGUACUACAUGAAGCACGCACGGUUCACGGUGCCACACACAAAUGAAGAGAUCUACUUCGACGACGGGGAAGCCCAGGGCUACUAUGACAUCAUCAACUGGCAGGUCAACAGUGGUGGUGAAGUGUCCUUCGUCACCGUGGGUCAAUACAACGGCUCCGCGGCUCCACAGGACAGGAUGACCAUAGCCAACGGCUCCAUCAUCUGGAACAACGAGGUUCUGGAGCCCCCCCGGUCGGUGUGCAGCGAGAACUGUCAGCCCGGCACCAGGAAAGGGAUCCGACAGGGGGAGCCGGUCUGCUGCUUCGACUGCAUUCCCUGCGCUGACGGAGAGAUCAGCAACUCCACCAAUGCUCGUGAGUGCGUCCUGUGCGGAGAAGAUGAUUGGUCCAACGAAGCUCACGACACCUGCAUUCCCAAAAUCAUCGAAUUCCUGUCGUACGCAGAGGCGCUGGGAAUCACACUGAUUGCCCUCAGUGCAGCUGGAGCGUUAGUCACCAUCACAGUCGGGGUGGUGUUUUUCCUCCACAUCAACACUCCGAUGGUGAAGGCCAAUGACGCUCUGCUGAGCUUCUCGCUCAUCUUCUCGCUGGUCGUGACCUUCCUCUCUUCUAUCGUCUUCCUCGGUGAGCCUCAGGAGUGGAACUGCAUGACCAGCCAAGUGGGCCUGGCUCUGGGCUUCGCCAUCGCCCUGUCCUCCAUCAUGGCUAAAGCGUCGGUGUUGAUGCUCAGGGCCCGGUUCCAGAAGAGGCUCCGGGCUCGAGCUAAAGCUGCGGCUAAAGCCGCCAAAGAGGCCGCUGUAGCUGCAGCAAGCGGCGACGGUCCUGACGUCAUCGUCACCAGCACGGUUACCAACAACGAUACGAAUGUCCUGGAGGAACCAGAGGUUGAUGUUCUCACCGCUGUCCACCAGAGGGUGAUGGUCGCCGGUGCAACGUUAAUACAGGCCAUCCUGUGCACAGUGUGGCUCAUCGUCUUCCCUCCUCACCCGUUCAAAAACACCAAGACCCAGGUGGACUACAUCUACCUGCAGUGCGCCAGAGGCUCCGACGUCCUCAUGUGCAUCGUCUUCGGCUACGACGUCCUGCUGGCCUUCGUGGCCUUCGUUCUGUCCUUCUUAGCCAGAAAGCUGGAGGACAACGCCAGAGAAGGGAAGUCUCUGACCUUCAGCCUCCUCGUCUUCUUCAUCGUGUGGAUAGCCUUCGUCCCGGCCUACCUCAGCACGGUCGGGAAGUUCAUGGUGGCCGUUCAGAUAUUCGCCAUCUUGGCCUCCAGCUUGGGCAUGCUGAUCUGCAUCUUUCUGCCCAAGUGCUACGUCAUCCUGGUGAAAGCUGAACGCAACACAGAGGAGACGAUGAAACCGAGACCGAAACCGCGGGACGGCUCCUCCACCGGAACCUCGGCCUCACUGUCCACGGUCGCUACGACAGUGACCACAGCAAUCGAUUAGAAAGAAACGGAGAAAAAACUGGACCAGAACACCUUUACCCCCCAACCCUCCCCCAAAAUAUAGAAGCGCGUUUUUAUUUACCAUUUGUACUUUACUUAAAAAUGUGAUUAACUCACAUUAUAUACAUGUAAUGAUUAUUUAAUAAUUGAUCAUCCAGAGGAAAGGAAAGUGCUACCUCAGAUAUUACAUAAAACAAAUAAAACAUAAACAAAUACAAAUGUAUUUAAUUAAAAAUGUAUUUUAAAUUUUAAUUAAAUAUAAAAACACAGCAGUCAAAGCACAAUUAAAUGAAUUCCCCGCUGAUUAACCUGGUGUGAUGUUCUAGAAUUUACGUGAUUCAAAAUAUGAUUCAAA